CCUAAGCCGCGCCUCAUGGAGUCUACAUUUAGCAGCCCGGCAGAGGCGGCGCUGCAGCGGGAGGCGGGGACUGCGGGGCUGCUCACUCCUUUUGCCGACCUGGACCGAGUGUACGAGCUGCAGCGAGUCGUCGGAUUUGUCCGUGACCUGGGGUGUCCGCAGGUGGCCUUGCAGUUCCCUGACCAGCUAUUAGGAGAUGCUGGGAUUGUGGCUGCACGACUGGAGGAGACCACGGGGUCAAAAAUGUUCAUUCUGGGGGACACAGCCUAUGGCAGCUGCUGUGUGGAUGUGCUGGGUGCUGAGCAAGCUGGAGCUCAGGCCCUUGUACAUUUUGGCCCUGCCUGUUUAAGCCCUCCAGCCCGCCCACUGCCGGUGGCCUUCGUCUUUGGUCAGCGUUCUGUGGCCUUGGAGCUCUGUGCCAAAGCCUUCAAGGCCCAGAACCCAGACCCCACAGCCCCUGUGGUGCUGCUGAGUGAGCCAGCCUGCGCCCAUGCCCUGGAGGCGUUGGCCACUCUCCUGCGCCCACGGUACCUGGACCUGCUUGUCUCCAGCCCAGCUCUUCCCCUGCCAGAGGGCUCCCUCAAUCCAGAGCCUGAGCCCCUAGAACGUUUUGGGCGUCGCUUCCCCCUAGCCCCAGGGAGGUGUCUGGAAGAGUAUGGUGCUUUCUAUGUGGGAGGCUCUGGGACCAGCUCUAACUCUGACCUUGACCCUGACCUGAGCCGGCUGCUCUUAGGCUGGGCACCAGAGCGGCCCUUCUCUUCCUGCUGCCCAGAUACAGGGCAGACUCAUGAUGAAGGUGCCCGGGCUGGGCGGCUAAGGGCACGUAGACACUAUCUGGUAGAGAGGGCCAGAGAUGCUCGUGUGGUGGGGCUGCUGGUAGGCACAUUGGGUGUGGCCCGACACCGUGAAGCCCUGGCACACUUGCGGAACCUGACUCGGGCUGCCGGCAAGCAUAGCUAUGUGUUAGCUCUGGGGCGGCCCACACCUCCCAAGCUUGCCAACUUCCCUGAGGUGGAUGUCUUUGUGCUGUUGGCCUGUCCUCUUGGUGCCCUAGCUCUCCAGCCUUCUGGUAGCUUCUUCCAACCUAUAUUGUCACCAUGUGAGCUGGAGGCUGCCUGCAAUCCUGCCUGGCCAUCUCUGGGCUUGGCUCCCCACCUCACACACUACGCAGACUUAUUGCCUGGCUCUCCCUUCCACGUGCCCCUCCCGCCUCCUGAAUCGGAACUGUGGGACACCCCAGAUGUGUCACUUAUUACUGGUGAGCUUCGAUCCCUAUCUGCUUGGAAGCCAUCAAAUGAUGCUGGAUGCUCAGCCCUGACCCCGCGGCCUCAGCUGGAUCUGGUUGAGAGCAGCCCUGCAGCCUCCUUCCUUAGUUCCCGGAGCUGGCAAGGGCUGCAGCCUCACCUGGGUCAGACACCAGUGACAGGAGCUGUGAGUGGAAGACGAGGAAUUGCCAUCGCCUAUGAGGAUGAGGGAAACAGCUGAUACCAUGUGGGCCCAGAGACACAGAUGGACUUAAGAAUCACUGCUAACUCUUCUGGUUCCAGGGGCUUUGGGAGCUGUGGGCUUCAGUGCAGAUAUGGCCAAGUCCAGGAACCACACCAUGCACAACCAGUUCCAAAAAUGGCACACAAACAGCAUCAAGAAGGAAGUAGACCCCAAAUUCCUGAGAAACAUGCUUUGAAAGAAGCACAAUAAGAAGGGCCUGAAGAAGAGGCGGGUCAUAACGUCAAGGCCAUGAGCACACUUGUUGAGGCUAUCAAGGCCCUUAUAAAGCCUAACUAGGUCAAGUCCAAGAUCUCAAAGGGCAGCAGCUGCAAGCUCAAUCAACUUGCCUACAUCACUCACCCCAAGCUUAGGAAACGUGCUUGUGUCCUCAUCGCCAAGGGUCUCAGGCUCUGCCAGCCACAGUCUAAGGCCAAGGCAGGGCUCAGACCAACCUUCAGGCCGCAACUACAGCUACAACUCAGACUCAUGCUCCCAAGGGUGCCCAGGCCCCCAUGAAGGCUCCACAGUAGAGGCCUCUGUCUGCCAACGUAAAGACAGAAGGACUGGUUUGACCCCUGGACUGCUGUCUGCAUGGAGCUGUUGUUUCCUGUGCUACUUGUACAAAUAAACCUGAGACAGGAUCUGAGAAAAAAAAAAAUCACUGCUAAGACCUUUUAGUGCUCCCUGUAUCAACUUCAUCCUUCUGCCAGGAUCCUUGAAAGAGCCUAGAUGGAGGGAGGGCAGGCAGCCCCUCAUGAAAGCUGCUAGGCCCAUCUGUCCUGGGAGCAGCCCAGAACUUUUUGUCAGUCUCAGUUCUUGGUGUACAACUGAGAGUCUGCCCUUUUCAAAGGCUGGUUACAGACGGUCUAGACUAGGAUUUCUCAGCCUUGGCACAAGGGGCCAGAUGAUCCUUUGUUGUGAGGGGCUGCUCUGUACAUUGUAGCAUGUUCAGCAUCAUCCCUAAUUUCUGCACACUAAAUGCCAGUAACAUACCUUUUCCCAAUUUUGAUAAUCAAAAUAUGUCUCAGACAUUGACAAAUGUGCCCUUUGUGGGCAAUAUUGCCCCCAGUUGAGAACCACUGGUCUGUACUUGUGCUGCCCAGUACACCA